UUGGAAACCUCUCAUCUUCGGUCAUGGUCAAUGGUGGAUACCAAUGGUGGAUUCGAUAGGCAAGACAAUGGUUGGCAACAUGGAACUGCAGUGAGCAGGGAUCAGUGGAGACCAGUGAGGAGAGGUGUGCUGAGGGAAGACAAGGAUGCAUUGUAAGGACCUGGCUGAGCAAGUGGAUUGGUCGAAGCAGGCAGCCGAGGAUGGAGCACUCAAGGAAAAACCAGAAUUUGUGGUCGAUUCAAUUGGCGGGACACUGAUGGACAGCAUGGAGCAGCAGGGACCAGCAGGGACCAGUGUGGACGACGAUGCGUUGGAUGGAGCUGGCGGAGGACGUGAAAUGAAGGGAGCAGGCUGCCAAGGAUGGAGCACCAAAGGAGGAGCCAGGUAUAUACAAAAAUCAAAGUUUACUUGAAAAAUUGCAAGUUUAACUUCAAAUUUUAAAAUUUAAAAACAAAAAAUAAUCAUUUGAAUUAAAUUAUUCAAAACACUUUUUUUCAAAAAAUUCAAAAAAAAUGCAUGUUUCAAAUACCAAGGGCAAUUAAAAAAAAGGAUUUUCGUAUUGAUGAGUGGAAGUUUUGAAUUUUAUUCAAAACUUCACUUUUUUGAUUCAACACAAUCUUUUUUUUAUAAAAUUCAAAAAAAAAUUGCCUGUUUCAAAUACCAACGGCAAAUAAAAAAAGAUUUUUGUAUUGAUGAGUGGAAGUUUUAAAUUUUAUUCAAAACUUCACUUUUUCGAUUCAAUGCAAAAUCUUUUUUUUCACAAAAUUUCAAAAAUUAUUGCCUGUUACAAAUACUAACAAAUUUCAAUAAAGACGAAAAACAAUACGAAGAAAUGUAAUUUUAUCAAAAUUUUGAAACAGUUUUUUUUUAGAAAUUGUUAAAUGUAUUCUUUGUGUGAUUAAUCUACAAUUCUAAUUUUUUUUUAUUUUGUCAUUUUAUUUU